GGAGCGCGGGGGGCGCGGCGCCGGCAACCGCCCGGCACGCGGCGGGCCUCGGGACUGCGCGCGGGUACCGGCCCGGCCCGGCAGGGCGAGCGGCUUCGCGCGGGGCCUGCGGGCGGCAGGGGCGAAGGCGGCGGCGGCGGCGGGCUGGACCUCCAGUGUGCAGCGACAUCAAGGAUUGUAGGGAAAUACUGAGAGAAAAGUGCCUCCGCAAGGGCGGAGAUCAGUGACUGCCCUGUUGCGAUGACCGAUACAUUUUGUCUAACGCAAUGGCGCGGACCAAAAUGAGAAAUUUCUGUCGCUGAUUGCAAAAUAAAAAAGAAGCAGGCAACAGACCGAGGGCUGCGGGGCGAAAGAUGGACCCCUGUGAGGAUCUAGAAAUGUCCAGCGGUGAGGCUCGGGACUCUAGGGGGAACGGGCUUAACGAACUCGGAGGACCACAGGCCGGCGGUUCGGCGGCCCUGGGGGAAGAGUCGGCCGGGACGUGGAGCCAGAAAUACCGACUGCAGAGCAAAUACGUGGAGAGCAGCAACAGUGAACAGCAAGAUCGAAACAGAGUUUCUGAAGAACUGAUAAUGGUUGUGCAAGAAAUGAAAAAAUACUUCCCCUCGGAGAGACAGAAUAAACCAAGCACUCUAGAUGCCCUCAACUACGCACUUCGCUGUGUGCACAGUGUACAAGCCAACAGUGAGUUUUUCCAGAUUCUCAGUCAGAAUGGAGCACCUCGAGCAGAUGUGACCAUGUGCAGUCUCGAGGAGCUGGCCACGAUUGCUUCAGAACACACUUCCAAAAACACGGAUACCUUUGUGGCAGUUUUUUCAUUUCUGUCUGGAAGGUUAGUGCACAUUUCUGAACAGGCUACUUCGAUCCUGAAUUGUAAGAGAGAGUUCUUGGAGUCCUCUCAUUUUGUUGAACUGCUUGCCCCUCAAGAUGUGAGGGUGUUCUACACACACACUGCCCAUGCUCAGCUUCCCUUCUGGAACAACUGGACCCAAAGAGCAGCAUCGCAGUAUGAUUACGCCCCAGUGAAGUCCUUUUUCUGCAGGAUCCGUGGAGGUGAGGACAGAGAGCAAGAGAAACCUUACUACCCAUUCCAGGUCAUCCCCUAUUGGAUUCACGUCCAUAGCUCUACCCAGCAGGAAUCUGAGCCUUGCUGUCUCACCCUGGUUGAGAAGAUUCACUCUGGUUAUGAAGCUCCUCGCAUCCCAGCGGAUAAAAGAAUUUUUACCACAACACACACCCCAGGGUGUGUUUUUCUUGAAGUAGAUGAAAGAGCAGUGCCUUUGCUGGGUUACCUACCUCAGGAUCUGAUUGGAACAUCUAUCUUAAUGUAUCUGCACCCAGAGGAUCGUUGUCUGAUGGUCGCCAUACACCAAAAAGUUUUGAAGUAUGCAGGCCAUCCUCCCUUUGAACAUUUACCCAUUAGAUUUUGUACUCAAAAUGGCGAUUACAUCAUACUGGAUUCCAGUUGGUCCAGUUUUGUGAACCCAUGGAGCCGAAAGGUUUCCUUCAUCAUCGGUCGGCAUAAAGUUCAAACGAGUCCACUGAAUGAGGAUGUUUUUGCUACCCGAAUAAAAAAGAUGAACAAUAAUGACAAAGAUAUAACAGAAUUACAAGAACAAAUUCACAAACUUCUCUUACAGCCAGUUCACACGAGCACUUCCAGUGGCUACGGAAGCCGGGGAAGCAGUGGUUCUCAGGAGCAUCGCAUCAGCGUGGCAUCCUCUAGUGGGUGCAGUGGGCACUGUGUGGAAGAGACGCAGAAGGAACCGUUGACUUUGCAGCAGGUCUAUGCCAGUGUAAACAAAAUUAAGAAUGUAGGUCAGCAGCUCUACAUUGAGUCAAUGACCAAAUCGCCAAAUAAGCCAGUGAUGGGGACACGCAGAGGACAGCUUGGCGAUGAGCAGAGGACCUUUUCUUCCUUCCAGACAUUGAAAAACAAUAACAUGUACACUGAGCCUUACGAGGAUUUGAAAAAAGAGCAGCAUAGUCCAUCCUAUCAGCAAAUACACUGUAUUGAUAGUGUUAUCAGAUACCUGAGGAGCUACAACAUUCCAACUUUGAAAAGAAAGUGUAUAUCCUGCACCAAUACAACUUCAUCCUCAGAAGAAGACAGACCAAACCUCAAGGCAGAUGAUGUUCAAGCGUUGCAAGCUGUUGCUCAGAUCCCAGCCAUACCUAAACCAGAAAUGCUGCCCAACAGACAGUCCGUGGAUGCUGAAGGAGGAGCUCCGCGGACCCUGUCCACGGUGGCCCUGAGCCCGGGGUCUGUCAUGAGCCAGCACAGUUACAGCAGCGCCACUCUUCACGCCCCACCGCCGGAGUCAGCAGAACUGACUCCAGCAGAGGCUGCUACCCUAGGAUGUGAGCCUGGGACCCCAAGCACAUCCCCGGCCCCGCUGACCUCAGAGGAAUUUAGACACAUAGGGCUCACAAAGGCUGUUCUGUCAGCCCACACGCAGAAGGAAGAACAAAAUUACGUUGAUAAAUUCCGGGAAAGGAUCCUGUCUUCACCCUAUAGCUCCUACCUACAGCAAGAAAGCAGAAGCAAAGCAAAAUAUUCAUAUAUUCAAGGAGAUGGUGCGUCCCAGCAGACCAGGUCGGCUGGCGGCAGGAAGGGGAAGCCCAAGCGUAAGAAGCUGCCUCUGCCACCGGACAGCGGCAGCUCCAAGGGCAGCUUCUGUCGCCGCCUCAGAGGGGAGGCCCAGGCCGGGCGGCCCCGGGGCCCUUCCCCCCUCCGCGCUCCCCGUGGCUCCGGCCUGCCGGGCCCGGCUGCCAUGAUGGUUCCCAGCCAGACCCCUUAUCUCGCGCCAAGCUUUCCCCUCCCUGCUGUGGCCUCCCUGGGAGGGGAACGUGGAGCCUCAGGGGCUGCGCUCAAGUGUCUGCCGAAGCCGCCUUUGUGCAGUGGCUGGCAAUCUUUUCCAGCUCUCCCUGCCCCUUACUUCGAUACUUUUAUGGCCAUUUUCCUACAUGACCCACCCAUCUAUCCUCUGUUUUUACCAUCAUUUUCUCCAUAUCCACACUUGGGAGCCACAGGCUCUUCUGAAAUACCACCCUCAGUAUCAGCAAUGCCUCCAGACCUGGAACCACCCCCUUCAGUUAUCAGCCAAAGGAGAGCUGAGGAAAAAUGGGGGACGCAGGGUGAAGAGCACCCCUUGAUCCCCUCGGGGACCAGCUCCCCACUGCAGCUCAACUUACUGCAGGAAGACAUGCUCAGAUCCUCUGCAUCUUCAGAGCAGCAGGGUGUUACAGGCGCCCUGGAGACUGAGAGCGGGCCCCCUGCUGCCAGUGAGCUGCCUGCGGCAGUGCUUCAGGCACCCCCAUCUGCUCGUUCUGCAGCUUCAGGAAGCAAUGACAGCAGUACGUACUUUGCUAGGAGUAAUUAUUCUUCUGAAAUCACCCAAAGUGGGCAGCAGCCUCUGGAUGUGCAGAAACAAGAAACAUUUCCCAGUUUAGCUGAAGAGUCCCUCUGGGGAAUGAUAAAGCAGACACCCGAGUGCGUUCUGAUGACUUACCAGGUACCUGAGAGGGAUAAAGAAAUUGUACUGAAAGAAGACCUAGAAAAGCUAGAAAGCAUGAGGUGGCAGCAGCCCCAGUUUUCCCGUGGACAGAGAGAGGAGCUGGCCGAGGUGCAUUCCUGGCUCCAGAGCCGCACCAUCCCCCAGGAAAUGGGCAUCCAGGGCUGUGUCACCUGUGAAAACAGAGAUUCAGUUGGUGACACUGCAGAGUCCUGUGGACAGGAUCCAGCAGGAAGCAGUGGUGAGGGAGUGUGAAGUCACCCGCACACCCGCCCAGGCCUGCUGGGCAGCUGGACCUCGUCGCAUAUCUCUUCAGACCCAACCCUAAGUGACUAUGAAGUUAUCACUGAAUGUUAAGGUUUUUCCUUGACUUUUAAUAGACGUCAUUUUUCUGAAGCAGACAUUGUAAAUAGCAUCUUUUACUUCCUGUUCCUAAUGGAUUAAAACUGUCAAUUGGGCUCUUUUUCUAGGUUAGCUGUCUUCUGAAGAUAUUGGAUGACCUCUAAAGAGGCGUGUAUACAGCAACACUUACUUCAGGUGUCCUCUAAAAUAAAUUAUAACUGCAAGUAUAGAAAGCCAGAGAGAGCCCCAAACCUCAGCUUCAUUAAUAUUGUUUUUAUUGUUACAUAAUCCAUUUUCUCCUGUUGGAACAGGCUGCAUGCUUUUCACAAAGGCUUCCAUAAACUGAGUACAUUCAUCUAGUCUUUGCACAGCUGAUGCUCCUCCUCCGUAAUUCAGAUCCAACAUUCCAGGUUUCUCGUAAUACAACACAAGUCGCUUUAGUGUUUACCAAUAUUAAAAUAUAUUGCCCAUUGGCAUACUAGAAACACCUAGUUUUUAAGGUUUUAUUUUGACCUUCAUUCCUGUAGAUGCCUUUUCUUUUGAUUUUCCACCUUCCACUGAAAUUCUAAAAGUCUUCAAAAUCCAAUCAGCUUUCAAAGCUUAUUCCUUGAAGAGUUUAAAUUAGCUUUUGUAGGUGUCAUGUUAGAAUAAAAGAGCUUCUGACUCAUCCAGUGGGGUAUGUAAUGUUUUUGUAAUGUUUUUGUUUUUAAAAUAACGAUUGUAAAAUGUUUCAAAAGUUAUGUGAAAAUUAAUAUUGUUCUUAUAUGUGUAUGUAUUUAAAUUUUGUCUUACCAAAACCAACAGUUAACUCUUUCCAACCAUUUUACACAAAAGAGGCCUCUCCAUCCCUGCCAGAGGUGCGACCGGCCGUGCCUUUUGUUGCCCUACGGGAGGGGAGUGUCCCGAAGGGGCUCGGUCUGCGGGGACUCUGCCGUCCAAGCCAGGGGAGACGCAGCGUCUGCCCUAAACCACUGGGUUGUUUACUUGCUGACUCGGCUUCCUCUCUUUAAGGGGUCAGCGACUCUUCUCAAACGGGGAAUGACAUAAGCAGUUCACACUCCACAGGUCUCAAAAAGGAAGGGAAGAAGAUGAAGGUCACAGUAACCUUUCAUCUUUUAUACAUCAACAAACCAACUUAUUUUUCUUUUUUGUGUGUGUGUUCUUUUUUGUUUUUGUUUGUUUUAAGAAAAUAUUUCUUCCCUCCUUUCAAGUUUUACACCUUUUUUAUAAAAUGCAUCCUCAUGAUAAUUAUGAGAAUCGACCUUUUUAUCCAUAAUGACUGCUGGACCCUGAUUCUAGAUUUCUUUUCUCUUUAAAGUAGUCAUUCCCUGGAAGGUAAUUCUCCCUUAAUCAUUUCCAAAUGCUGCCUAUGACAUUUCUUGGAAUUUUCUAAUAUUAAGCAAUCCCAUGCAAAUAUUCCUGUUUUAUGAAUAGAGAAGUCUCAUAUUCUACUCCAUCUUGAUUGUUAAAUGAUUUCAAUCCCUUAUUGUAUUGGCCAAGUUAUGUGCUAUUUUUGCCCUUGAUGAAAAAUCAAAUUUUAAAAAAUUAACCAGCCUGGAUAUUGUCUGUUGGUAAUCACUGUGACCUUCUGUAGUGAUGAAAAUUUUAAUUUGUGUAAAUCAGAACUGAAUGUAACUAUCAGAGGACCGUUGUGCAUUUGUGUAGCAUAUUUCAAACCUUAUGUUCCCUGAUAAUAUAUGCCUUUGCUUUCCAUUCUUUCUAGAUAUUUGUUUUACCUAAGUCUGCUUUUUCUUUGCCUUAGGACACAUUUUAUGGGCUGUGUAUUAUAUACUAGGUUUGAUUUGAAACUGGUGCUUGUUGUAGGUCUGUAAAACCAUUUAUAAUUCUCAUAUUUUAUAAGUAGAUUCAUUGGUGUGUUUAGAGAUUGGACAGCAAUGCUCCUGCUGCUGAAGGCGAGCAGGGCCUCGGCAGGGACAGCAACCGCCCCCCAAGGGGGCUUCACCCAAUUUUAAACUUUGUUGUUCAAGUUUAUUAACCUUUUGUAUUAAUGACUAUAGAAUUGCUAAUAAAGAUGUAUAUUAUAGGCUUCAAUGUUUACAUAAAUGUUACCCAAAAGGCUGUAUUUUCUUGGCUAAGGUCAGGAUUUAUGAACAACAGAAUUCUGCGUGAAUGGAGUUGCUUCUCAGUAAGUGAAACGUCAUUGUAAUUCACAAGGCAAAUUUAAUCCAAAUUGAAAUUUUGUUUCAACCAAAUUUAUAAUUAACUGUGUGGAUUUACUUGUUUUUAAUGGUUAUUAGUAUUUUAAUUGGGUAUCUUUUUUUAAGUAAAGUCAAUAAAUAAACUGUGUACAUAUAGAACUGGGUAAAUUUUUCUUGCAGUGUUAACAAACCUUGCCCCAAAUAUGUAUUUUAUGUCAUUUAGAAAUAUUUAUUAAGCUAUAUUGACUGGUACUCAGAUUAACGCUGGUUUUCCCAGCAGUACUUUGUGUAAACAUUGCCAAGGGUGUCCAAGCUCCUUACUGUGUGGGAGAUACAGGCAUUUUCAAGUUCAUUAUCUUACUGAAUCCUCACUUCAGCACUGUGAAGAAUUUAUGGGGUCCUGAACAUAUAAAUGUCUUUUUAAUACUAAUUUUAAUGCCUAAUUUAUAAAAUUCAGCUAUCAAAAUUACUUUUCAGAUUCUGUAGAGAAACCUACAUUUCCUCAGAAAGUCUGAGUAACUGGCAGCAACAAAUCUCAAAACUAAACUAUGGAACAAGAUCCUUCAGCCAACAGGAACUUGCAAUGCUACACCUUUCACAUCAUUUGCACCUUCCUGUAACAAAUGAUCCUACCACCAAGAAGGAAAAAUAGCUGAGUGCUUAUGGAGUGUGUCCUACUCUAGCAGGGGCUGUUCAGGGCCUUCCGUGAAAAAACUCGUGUAAUGCUCACUUUCACCAGUGAAAUAACAUUGUUUUUAUCCUCAUUUUACAGAGAAGGGCACCGAGGUGGAGGGAAUCAAAUAACUUGGUCAAGGACUCACAGCUGUGCUUGGGAGCCGCGACUUGGACCCGGUAAAUCUGACUGCAGAUCCCCAUCUGUACGAAUGAUUGCCGGAACUGCGUGACACCGCUGGGGCAAGGGAGGGGGUGUAGAGUCACACGGCAGUGGACCUCCACCUCACGUUCUUUCAGGUAUCAAAAAGAUAAAAUGGUUUUGUGGUUCCCACGCUCUGUUAGAGAACGACUUUUAGUCUAUUUCAACAGGGAAAGAGACCUCAGCAUUACUGCAGCUCUGCUUAACACCAGCACGCUUUGAGAUUAUGCAUCUAUCCCAGUUUAAAAUGUCCUUCCCUGCAGAUUUGUUCUUUAUGUCUUAAAUAAGCAGAGUGAGAGGAUUAUCAGACCUGUGUUCUGUAUUAAGUUUUUAAUGUGUGUUGGCAAGGUCGGUACCAACUGUGUGGCUGUUUGGUAGCAGCUCUGACACAUCAUCCCCCCAAGUAGAGUGUGGCUGAUAGCCCCAGGUCCCCGUUAGAAGCUUAGCUCUCCCAGCCAACUGUUCUGGGCUGGAAGCUACACAGGGCUCCCAGGAGCUCACCAUUGGUAUGCUGUAUACACAGACAAGCUGCAUUUAUACAGACACAUUAAUGGAAUAUAAGUUAGUGUGUACAAACACACAUAAAGUGGUUUGUAAUUUAAAACAACAGGUUAUUUCUUCCAUUCCACAAUCUUAAAUCCCACCUCACCCUCUUCUCUCCACAAGAAACAGAUUAGGAAGGCACUUAUCUAGAUUAAGCCAACUGACACCCUUGAGCCCACAGGAACGGAGUCUAAACAUGUUGCAGUAUUGAGAGAGAGAAAGUUCCAAGGUUUUGAUCCUUUGGUCAACUAAGGGGCAGCAGAGCCGAGCACCUGAACUUCCCGAUCAGGAACAGAAUUCAGACUGUUCCCCAUCCUCAUCCUUAGGAAACCUUCACUCUAGAGAUAUUUCCACACUAAGAUACUGGACUUUUUAAAGUAAUAACUUAUGUUGUCAUUUUUAAGGAUUGAGAGAACAUUAUAGCUAAGAUAGUUUAUUUAAAUGAUUUGUAGCUUAACUUUUAACUAAAUUUUACUUUCAUGACUUUAUCUUAAUAUUUGCAACUGUUCAUUUAGUGGCUUUAAAUUUUCAGAGAAUUUAUCUUUAUGGAUAAAUUGAUGGAAACAAAAAUUUAAGAAAAUCAGGACAUGUUUAGAAGUAAAAUAACCACUCAUGAUAUUUACAAAACAGAGAGGGUUUAUUUUUUCCAAAUAAUAAUGAACAGGGUAUAUAGUUUGCCUAGUUUUUCUUCUAUACUGUGUUCAAAUCAAGCAUUUUUAUUUUUAAUUUUCUAAGAUGGUUGUUUGAGUUGACAAGUAGAUGUACAUUUUCCUUCAGACACAAUAUUUCCAGAAGCAUUCAGAGGGAGGUCCACGUUUCUGAGAUUGUUUCCUGAUUGUGGCCAAAAUAUGACCCAGUGAAAUGUUAGGAGCUUCUUGAGAAAAAGCCUGAAACUAAAACAAUAUAAACAAAAAUAUAGGUUAUCCAUGAAUUAAGACUCCUAGGCAAAAAAGGACCUCUAGCAAGCAUGCAGGGCCUUAAGGCAAUGUGUGCCAUCUCCAGGGUCGAGUGUUUCCAGAGUAUAUUUUUACAAGGAUGCUAAUGGGUGCUACAUGUCCUUGGUCAAAAUGUUUAGGGAAUGCUUCAAGUUAACUAAGAGUUUAUCUCGUGAAUUCCUGGAGGCUUUAAUGUGCUGAUAUACACAAGGACUCGCCCAGACAGGAGGGGCUGGAACACACCAUUCACUUUGGUUCACAGGACACAUAUGCCCAGGGGACCCUUUAGGAACACUAAGUGUUUGGGUUGUUGAUAAUGAUCAAAUACAGAUUUUUCUUCCAGCAUUUAUGGUCCUCCAUUAAUUGUAUGCUGUCUCUGACCAUCUGAUGGCGUUCCUCUUUCCUUCAUGGUCUUUCCCCCAAAACCCACACAGUCUGCUGCAUAUUCUGCUGUGCUGCACGUCUUCCAUCUCUUCCUCCACUUAGGUGCUGUACUGCAGUGCUUUUCAAACUGAACGUGAUCACCUGGGGGUCUUAGGACACAGGUUGUGCUCCCAUAGGUGCUGGGGUGGAGGAUGGGAUAGUCUGCAUUUCUCACAAGCUUCCAAGUGAGGCCAGUGCUGCUGGUCUGUGGGCCACAUGAGCGAUGACAAAUGAACCAGCACGGUGGGUGACAGACUUGACAGCAGUGAUCUUAUCUUUUUUGUUCUCUUAAACUUGUUAUAAAAUUUAUCCAAACAGGAACCGGGUAAGUUCUUGUUGUGUUCGUAUUUUAUAUGAAUCAAAAUUUGGAAAAAUGAGUGUUUUUAAAUCACACUGGCAAAUUAUUUUGAAGUGUAAUUCUAACCAAGAACACUUGUCUAGCUCAUGGAUUUCGGACGCUCUAAAAUCAAGGUCUAGGAUGCACACACACCUUUCUUACCUAACUCAUAGCUAGAAUUGCUUACCUUUCUCAUACUUCCCCUUGGGUUAAAAAUGUUGGUCCUGAGAUCUGGAAAACAAUAUUUUGAAACCAUUCAUCACUAGCUCUACUCUAUUUUAUGUUUGUUCUAUUUAAAACACACAAAAUAAAAUAUUACUCAAUCA